CUCAAAGAAAAAGAAGAAGAAGAAACAAACUUCAUGUAGCUUUUUCUGUGACAAGGGCUGAAAACAUGGAGAAGUAUUCCGAUAAGUGGACCGACAGCGAGGUACAGGCGUUAUUUAGCAUUUACUCGUCGGAGGAAAUUCAGAGAGAUUUUGAAUCGUCGAAGCGUAACAGCAAAGUGUACACGAAUAUCUCCGCACAGCUGUGUGAGGUCGGGAUCCAGCACAAUGCUAAACAGUGUCGGGAAAAAAUUAAAAAACUGAAGCAAGACUACAAAAAAAUCAAAGACCACAACAACCAAAGUGGGUCUGAUCGCCGGACUGGAAAAUGGUUUGAGGCCAUGGACGCAAUCCUUGGUCACAAACCACCAUACACUGGAAAUGUGGGAAGAAAGGCAUCGACAGAGCUCAUGGCCAGCGACACCGACACGUCUGCUGAAGAACCAUCUAUUGAUUAUGUGCUCACAGACAGUAAUGAUGAAGAAGAGCCACCAAUCACCAUGAAAAAACAAACGUCUUGUAGCUGGUACUCCGACGAUCAUGCUAAUUCUACACAGAUACAAAUGGAGAAGUAUUCCGACAAGUGGACUGACACUGAGGUACAAACCUUACUUGGCAUUUAUUCAACGGAGGAUAUCCAGAGAGAUUUUGAAUCGUCGAAGCGUAACAGCAAAGUGUACGCAAAUAUCUCCGCACAGCUGUGUGAGGUCGGGAUCCACCACAAUGCUAAACAGUGUCGGGAAAAACUUAAAAAACUGAAGCAAGACUACAAAAAAAUCAAAGACCACAACAACAAAAGUUGCUCGGAUCGGCGGACUGGAAAAUGGUUUGAGACCAUGGACGCAAUCCUUGGUCACAAACCAGCAUACACUGGAAAUGUGGGAAUAAAGUAUCCUGCAGCCGACCAUUUGGAGCCCGUGGCCAGCGACACCGACACGUCUGCUGAAGGACCGUCUAUUGAUUAUGUGCUCACAGACAGCGAUGAGAAAGAAGAAUCCACAGCCGCCUUAAGUAAAAAAACACCUUGUAACUGCCACUCAAGCGAGUGUGCUAAUUUUUUACAUGUAAAAAUGGGCAAGUAUUCUGACAAGUGGACUGAUUUUGAAGUACAAGCAUUGCUUAACAUUUACUCGUCAGAGGAAAUACAGAGAGGUUUUGAGUCAUCGACACGUAAGAGCAAAGUGUACGCAAAUAUCUCAGCACAGCUGUGUGUGACUGGGAUCCACCACACUGUAAAGCAGUGUCGGGAAAAACUUAAAAAACUGAAGCAAGACUACAAAAAAAUAAAAGACCACAACAACCAAAUUGGGUCUGAUCACCGGACUGGAAAAUGGUUUGAGGCCAUGGAUGCAAUCCUUGGUCACAAACCACCAUACAAUGGAAAUGUAGAAAGAAAGGAUUCGACAGCUGUCCAUUUGGAGCCUAUAGCCAGCGACACCUCUGUAGAAGAACCGUCUGUUGAUUCUACUGUGCUCACAGACUGUACUUUUGCCAGCGAUGCCCCUUCGGCCUCCAGCACCCCUAACCAUCCAGUCUCUACUCCUGCUGGCUUGCGUGUGAGACCAGGAAAGAGGAAAAGAGAUGCACUUGUUAUGGCACUUAAGGAAAUGAGGGAGAUGGAGGAGGCAAGGCAGAGAGAAGCCAACGCUGCUAUGGAACGUUUUUUACAAAUGAUGGAGGAGCAAGAGUCAAGAGAGGCUGCAGCACGGGCAAGGGAGCUGGCAGAGCAUCGGGAAGAAGCCGCAGAGGCAAGGCGCCAGCAGGCCGCAUUUCAGCAGAGCUUUCUGGCCCUUUUUGCAAAGCUUGUGGAGGGUGGACAACACCCUGCCCACCCAACACUGGACUAAACCUGAUAUUAAAUAGUAGCUUACAAGUUUCUGUUCAUUUUCAACAUAUACUCUGCACAAUGUAUAUGUACUAGUUGAUUGUUUCUGUUUUUCUAUUGGUUAACCAAUAUGUUUGAAUAAAGAUUUUAUACUUUAUUUUAUACUGCAUGUACUCCUAUUACACUCAAAAAUGAUUCCGGACAAUAUUACGGUUUAAACAAAUGGUUUACAAUUGUGUUCGAUUUCAUAACAUAGUUGCUUUGCAAAUUACCAGACAGUAUAGUUAAACAUUUAUAAAUUGUAUUCUUAUGAAAGUUUUAAAGUGCAAUCUCUUCAAUUAAAUGACAUCACCUGUUUGAUGGAAAUGUGUCUUUCAAUUGACAUUCAUACAUAUUAAAAAGUCAUGAAUGUAUGGAGCAGUAAGUUUUAUAUUGUAACCACAACAUUUACCAUGGUUUUACUACAGUAGCAAUAGUUCAACUAUGAUCUUUGUAGUAGAACCAUAACACCAAAAUGUACCAUGGUUUUACUAAACUAACCAUAUUUAAACUUUGAUAUAUAUAGUAAAAUCUUAGU